AAGGAAUGAAACAAAAUUAAUUAGCACCUAAUGAUUCUCACGUGAUCUUAAACGAGAUUUCAAAAUUGCAAAAUGGCUGCCACCUACGGGAAAACGAGUGACUAUGACCGAAUGAAAAGAAUGAUGAAUGUGCCUCGUCCAUUUAGAAAAUAUGUCUAUUGUCAGAUUAUAAGUGGAUUUUUAUUCAUAUACCUGUGGUACUCUUUCAAUGGAGGGCUGAUUCCAUGGUUCCUUCGUCAUAAUAUUCCAGUCCUGAAGAUGGGACCUGACAUAAAUACUCUGUACUUCUUUCCUCACACAUCUGAUGACGGAAGCAAACUAAAGUGGUCUCAUGGAGCAAACACGCCCAACCUCCUACAGCGAUCUCUACAGGUUGAUGUUGACAUGAUUGAGGGCGAUGUGAUGUUGAAGGGUCAAGGUACAGACAGCCAGACCCUUAUUCCAGUGAUGGGUCAGCCACACACUAAGGACGACAAUAUGCCAUUUGAAGACUGGCUCACCAAUAUAACACCCACAGGAAAGGGUAUUAAGAUCGACAUUCAGAGUACAGACGCUGUUGAAAUCACUCUGCAGACCCUCAAAAAACACAAAAACAAGAUCCGUGUACCCCUAUGGAUCCAUGCUGAUAUCUUCAAGGGCCCACUGGGAGGUGAACCACCAGUUGAUGGUACGAGAUUCAUCAAACAUGUCCAGCGUCUGUUCCCUCAAUGUACCAUCUCUCUGGGCUGGACAUCGGGCACUCACACUGACCUCAGCCUGGUCAGUUACACAUGGAAAAUGGUGAUUGACAUGUACCACUUGGUACACGAGCACGAACUAGAACCGCCCAUCGUGUUCUCAGUUCGGGCAUCCAUGAUGCACAACUCGGUGCCGCAGAUAAAAUGGCUGACAGACAAUACCAGAGCUUCACUGCUGGUUUGGAAUACCCCUGGAGAUAAAGUUCUCACCGAGGACUUCAUGCAUCUUGCCUUCAAAUUCCCACCCCAUAAUUUGUAUUUUGACCUCCAGGACAAGCAAUUGGGUGAAUAUGUGAAAGAAAACAGGCAUGUUUCAAAGGACAAAGUCAAUCCAUUAGUACUUCAGAGAGAGACUGUCAUCUUUAAACCAGAGGCGUGGGUGAAGAUGGGCCUCCAUAUUGAACAGCACUCCAUACUGCCAAGUGAAGAGGCAAUUGUUCUCACAACAAAAACUGUAUACAUUCUAACUAAGAAUAAAUACAAACCCAGAGGCCUCAUUGUUCUACAUGGACGUGUCCAGUUUUUGAACAUAAAGAACAAAGACGCAGUCGAAAGAGAAACUGGAUUGAACAUCUACAUGCGACCUACAGGCUAUGCCGAUUUUGAAAACAUUGUGGGUAUUCGUUGUUUCAUCGGGGUAGAUGGGUUCUUACAGAUAUCAGGAAGUAAUUUAAAACGGGUAAAAGACUUUAAACAGACACACAGGAUAACUCCUGGUACAUCCAAUUGUUUUCGAUUUAGCGUACAAGACACAGGUAACGAGAUCGUGAUGAGAGUAAAUGUGCUGCACAAUUGUGAAACACUUGAGAGCACGAGAAAAGACGAAGAGGUGCAUGCCGAGUUUAAGGUCCCUAUUCCAGCCACCGUUGGAAUAGACCAACAUCCAUUUAUCCUCAAGCUAGAAGACAGCAAUAGAUACGCAGUGCUGGAUGAACUUCAUGUGAAAUAUAAUCAGUAGUUAGGUUUCAAUUGUACUUAUGUUUGUAAUGCUAAAGGAUUGUUUUCAUUUCUGAUUUUCUACAUGGUUGUAAAAUCAGUUCAAUUUUCUAAAAA